AUGGACAAUUACUUCAGCAAGCUGGUCAAUCUUUUUCAAAGAAGGCAAUCAGGCCAUCAAACCCUCGAUUCGAUUAAACCAAUCAAUUUCUCAUGGUCCCCAACCACGUGGACUCCUGAAGUUCAACCAAAUCCCACCUUUUCCUUUUUAGGGGCUAAGCCCUUGUCUCCCUCCGAGAAUCGGGACUUUGUCUGUGUGUUUCCCAAGGAGUUUGGUGUAUCCUGGCCAACAUCCUUCCCUGCUUCUCAUCAGUGCAAGUACUGGGAAGGUGCCGAAAAAGGCUGCUAUCAACUCCUUCGGGAAAUCAAAGCUAUCAAAUCUGAAUCAGCAUAUGUUGUACCGGAAUGGUUCACUGCAUCUCGAAACGGUGAAUCGGUCAAUUCAAAGGAGAAAAUCUUGAUUACUACGGCUGUUGACUGUGCAAUAUCUAUGCAGCCCAAUUCGUCCUCGGAUCGGACUGAGCUUUUAGCAAAGAUAAACCUCCUUCUAUGGACCCAUGAUGAUGUGGUGGACUAUCAUCCAGAUUACGCAGGUAAAACUGUGGUGGACAGUAUUACCACCGAACUACUCCGCAUAGCAAGAAGCACAAAACUUGAUCCGGAUGAUAAAGUCUGCGCAUCUUUCAAGAUAACUCAGACCUUGCUAGACGAAUGUCAUGGGCUUCUACGGCAGGUCCUAGAAAGUUUUGCCAAGUUCAAUCAAUUCACGCGCUCAGAAAGACGGACUGAGUUCCAAAAUCUUCGAGAUUUCCUCACUUACCGCACAGUUGAUAUAGCCGGCGAAUACUGCAACAGACUGGACCUGAGCCCUGAGGAUCAAAAACCACUGCAACGGCUUGCCGACCUUGUAAUGGACCACAUUACGCUUUUUAAUGAUUUGGUCUCCUUCGAUAAAGAGAAAAAAGCAUGGAUUGUUGACGGAGCGUUUUUGUUGAAUACAGUCCAUUACCUGGAAACUGCACUGGUCAUAAACUCCCCGCUUGCGAAGAACUUGACUCUCCAUAUGAUUCUUGACCUUGAGGAACAGAUUGGAAAUGAGGUGACCCGACUGAAAAAGGCGAUUGGCCUCACACAAACGCAGCUGCAUUAUACCCAAGCUCUGAUUGAAUGCGCAGCCGGAAAUAUAUUUUUUUCCCUGACAUCCAUUCGUUAUGGUGGUUUAUCAGCCUCUGGCUGGAAAGACAAUUAG